GCAGCGACCUUGACGACAACACUGCUGUUGACGCUCUGUAUACACCAACAGCUUCCUACGUUGAACUGCUAACCCAAUUGUAAUUUUCGUACCCCUAAAAAUCGAAUCUCUCAGUUUAGUGUGCACUAACGCGCCUUACACAACGACACAAUGCUCCCCUUAGGCCUUCUCACGGCCGCUACUGGCCACCCUAUGCUCGUAGAGCUCAAGAGCGGCGAGACGCUCAACGGACUGCUGGUCAACUGCGACACAUGGAUGAAUCUCACAUUACGGGAGGUGGUGCAAACAAGCGCAGACGGCGACAAGUUCAUGAGGCUACCGGAGAUCUAUGUUCGCGGAAGCACAAUCAAGUACUUGCGGGUACCGGACGAGAUCAUCGAGGUUGUGAAGGAGCAGCAGGCCAAGGACCAGGCGCAAAGAGGCGGACGCGGUGGCAUGCACUCACGAGGCGAUCACAGAGGAGACCGCGGAGGCAGGGGCAUGCGCGGACGUGGGCGAGGCCGUGGAAGGGGAGGCGGCGGCAACAACAACAAUAACAACAACAACAACAACAACAACAACAACGCUUGAGCUGCUUGAACGCAAGGACACCAAAUCGAACA